CUGCAUCCGAGCGCACAGAACCAUGGGUCUACGGUACGUCCAAUUCAUCCCCGCGGUGGUGCUGCUGAUUCUGGCAAUAGUCGGGAUCCUGCUGGUGGUCCUACCGGCUAAAGAGAUCGAGAUCCCUCCUAAGUACAUGACCGCAAACUUGGACUCAUCUGUGCAAAACACCUUCUUCUGGUCUUCCAGUGUCCAGUGGUUUACAGCUGUGCAACAUGAUGAACUUGGAUUAGCAGCCAUACUAGGAGACUGAUGCAGAGGACUGAUAGUUGUAUGGGAUCGUUCUGGAUGCAGGCUCAUCUCACACCACCAUGUACAUCUACAAGUGGCCGGCCGACAAGGAAAACAACACGGGGAUUGUGUCCCAGCACGGCGAGUGCCACGCUAAAGGUGGAGGGAUAUCGAGCUAUGCUGGUGUCCAGGGUGGUGCAGCUAAAAGUCUUGAAGCCUGCCUGGAGCAAGCGGUGAAAGAAAUCCCUAAAUUCAGACACAGUCAGACUCCGCUCUAUCUGGGAGCCACUGCAGGAAUGAGACUCCUGAGUGAAGUCAAUGAUGUAGAGUCCAAGCGAGUCCUGAAGGAAGUGGAAACUAAACUCAGGUCCUACCCUUUCAAAUUCGAAAAGGCAACCAUCCUGAGUGGACAGGACGAGGGUGCGUACGGCUGGGUCACAGUCAACUACCUGCUGGAAAACUUUGUCAAGUACGGUUUUGUCAGCCGUUGGCUGAAUCCAGGCAGAGAGACGAUCGGAGCUUUGGAUUUAGGCGGCGCUUCCACUCAAAUCACCUUUCAGAUGUCCGACUCUGUGUCUGUGGAAGACAAGAAAAACAUGAAGGAGCUGACGCUUUACGGACAAACCUACACCCUGUACACCCAGAGCUUCCUGUGCUAUGGACAGGACCAGUUCCUGAGGAAACUUCUGGCUUAUCUUAUCAAGAAUCAAGGUGUGAAGCCUGAGGUGUCCCAUCCCUGCUAUCCCAAGCAGUUUAACGCCUCCAUCAAACUGGGGCUGGAUGUUUUCGAUUCCCCGUGCACCAAAGGCUACAAGCCAGACCGGUUUGACCCUGAGAUGUCUGUGUCAGUAGUGGGUACGGGGGAUUACCAGAGCUGCCUGGACAACGUCACCGAAAUGUUCUCCUUCGAAAGCUGCUCCUUCUCCAAGUGCUCCUUCAACGGAGUGUUUCAGCCGAGUCUGAGAGGAAGCUUCAUGGCUUUCUCUGCUUUCUUCUUCACUCACAGCUACAUCAACCGCCUCACCAACAUCUCUCUCACAUCACCUAAUCGAAUGAAGGAAGCAGUCCGACUCGUCUGCAACAUGAGCAUCUCUGAGAUGACUGAGAAGACCAAGCAGCCGGAGAAAUACAUGAAGAGCGUCUGUGCAGUUGCCAAUUUUGUUCAGGUCCUCUUGAUGCGUGGAUACCAUUUCGAUGAGAAAUCUCUACCUUCUAUUUCUUUCCAGAAAAAGGCAGCAGGAGCGUCCGUGGGUUGGGCUCUGGGCUACAUGCUGAGUCUGAGCAAUAUGGUACCAGCAGAAAGACUUGGACUGAUGAAGGCUAUUCCCUCAGGACCAUAUGCUGGUAUCCUCUUCCUCUUCAUCACCCUCCUCUUCUUCGCACUGGGAUACAUGCUGGCAACCUUCAGGAACACAAGGGCGAAAGACGGCAUGGUGUGAGAGCAAGAGCGACAUGCUUCCUGCUCCUCUGUCAUUCUUCACAAAUUCAUCCAAAACUGAAAGAAAACUGCAUGAACACGAAUGAAAAUGUAAUCAGUAAUGAGUUAGCGUCUGAGCAGAUAUUUAUGUUAUUAAUCCACAAUCUGUCUUUUUUAAAUUUUGAAACGUAUGCCACUCUUAAAUUUACAAAAAAUCCACUUGUAUUUUCAAAUGUUAUGAUAUGUUGUCUGGCUGAUCUCUUGGCCAGCUUCCUCACUGUACCUUUGACAGUUAAAGAGUAAGUUGAAGGUGUCUUCAGUCAUGAAAGCAUACAUGCAGUUUACAUGUCAAACUUUUAUCAGUAUUAUGGGCUUUCCGUUUUUGUUUAAAUAAUUCCUCUUAGUUUUAAUUAUUUGUGUUUUUUCUUGUUUGUAUUUUUGUGUAAUUCCCAUGUUUCUUUUGCCAUUUUUUGUCAAUAAUGGCCUUUGCAAAUUUUAUAUUUUUACACUUUAUGUGAAAGAACAUUUUUCUGGAGUUAAAAAUGUGCUGUUUAAAUAAAUUUGACUUGGUCUAACAACCAAUAAUGAGGCAUAAAGGAGUGAGAUCAUUGAACAAGAAACAACCCACGUGAGUGAUGGUGUGUUUAAAAUAUAACAGUAUUAUUAUGAAUCCUCUCCUGUAGAUAUAUUCUUUUGGAGGUAUUUUUCUCUUUAUUUGCUGAUUGAAAAAAAAAAGAUUAAAAUUGACAGAAAAAAAUGUAACAAAUGUUAAAAAUUACACUUUUACUCAGUUUUAAUCUUAGUCUGAGUUGAAGAAUUUUCACAGCAAAAAAAUAAAAGGUGAGAAAUAAGGCCUUGGCUCUCAGAAUAACUGGGAAAACUGUGCUAACGUGUUUACGUCAGUGUCAACUCAUUUAGUUAGAACGUGAAAUAAGUCAUAGUUAGGAUCCACACAUUUGUGUUCUUUUAUCCUGUAAUAAUAUCAUGUUUGACUUGCCUUUGUAGAUGAACAGUGCUUAACAAAUUUAUUAGACCACCCUAACCCUAACCAAAGUAAGGUUUGUGCCACAGCUGCCCUAAAUUAACAG